CUCUCUUUCGCAUGUUUGUUUGGCGCCAACACUCUCUCGUCGGGUCUCCCUGACCAUCAUGUUGGUCUGCGUUAUAUCUACUACCUCAGCUUUGUCUUCCGGCUUCUAUCUCUAGUUUUCUUUCAGUCUCUGCUUGACAUUCUCUUUGAGCGAUCUUGGUGCUGCUGUUCUUUGUGUUGUGUUGUGUCAACGCUCAACCCCGCCUUAUCCAUCCGCCAGCGCUCCCUUGAGUCGGGACGGUUAUAGGUGAUCCCUCCGCCUGCGCACUCUCAAUCCAUUCCAUCAUCAUCAUCAUCAUCAUCAUCAUCAUCAUCAUCAUCAUCAUCAUCAGACUUGUCAAUGCCAUCGUCGUAUGAAUCCGCUUCAACCUGGGACUUCACCCCGGUGAUCAAUCUCCUGCGCACGCCCACGUACGGCAGCAGUAGCCCCCCUCCUCCUUAUCGCCACCAUGACUCAACCCUCGUUUCCCGGCCCACCGGGGACGCAAACAGGAAUGAAGUCUCUACUUCCACCGUACAGUCGCACAAUGUGAGGCUUGGGGGCAGUGAUCCCCCACGGCUUGGGGAUUUCGGUUCACUCUGGGAGCUGCUGGGCAGCACCAGCAGUGCUAGCCCUUCUCCCUUUCGCGCCCGAGUUGAAACCCACGAAGUUCACGAAGUCCAGACCAUCACGUCUGUUCCCCCACCACAGCCACCCAAAAAGAUUGAAAUCCUCAAACGACCAUCCAACAACCAUGUAGGCCCUGCAGGUUUCGAUCAGGUGGCCCCUCGAGCAUCACCGAGGCCCAUCCCCGUUCCUGGUGUCUCCAAGUCUCGCAACUUGCAGGCCAAGGUACCGAGUGGGAAGAGCGCCCGUAAUAACCGCGAUGCGGGUACCAGAAAAUGCACUUACGAAUCUAGCUCGUCUGAGACUGCCGUAGAGGCUGAAUCCGACGGCGUGUUCGACCAUCCUCUUUUGAAGAAGGGCAGCGUCCUGUCGCUGGUCCCUGCGCAGGUGGGCACACCGGGGGGCAUGCCAGAUCCAUAUGAGACACCACCAUCGUCGUAUGAUGAGGUUAUCGAGGCGUCUCCCUCUAAGGUGGUGAAGGCUACGCCCAACCCCGGCACCACCCGCAUACAACCCAUCGCAUACAGAUCGGCCAACGAUCGAAAGGUCGGCCUCCUGACCAAGCUUUUGAAAAACUUCCCCGACUACGCAGAUGCCGUGACCCAAGUAGGACGGCCUGUAACUCCCAAGAAGGGGCAGACGCCAUGUCACCCCAUUCAUGUCUUUGUCGAUAUGUCCAAUAUCAUGGUUGGAUUCCACGACACGGUGAAACUAUCACGCAAUAUCCCUGUGAAAACACGGAUUCGACGGUUGCCUCUCUCCUUCCAGAACUUUUCUUUGAUUCUCGAGCGCGGUCGGCCUAUUGCCAAGAGAGUCUUGGUAGGCUCCGACCGAUUUGCAGCGAUCACCGAAGGCGAACAGCUGGGCUACGAAGCGAACAUCCUCGACCGGGUCCAUAAGGUCAAACACCUGACCCCCCGGCAGAUGAAAUUCCGCAAGAAUCCUCGGACGGGCUCUCACGACCCCGGCAGCGGUUCAGAAACGAACGACGCGCCGGAAGAGCGCUGGGUCGAGCAGGGCGUGGACGAAAUUCUGCACCUGAAGAUCCUGGAAAGUCUGUUGGACACGGAUGACCCCGCGACCAUAGUGCUCGCCACGGGAGACGCGGCGGAAGCUGAGUUCUCGGGCGGAUUUAUGAAGAUGGUUGAGCGGGCGCUGCGACGGGGAUGGGCCGUGGAGUUGGUGAGCUUCAGCCAGGUGACGAGCUACGCGUAUCGCAAGAAGGAAUUCCGGGCGAAGUGGGGGAAUCGGUUCCGGGUGAUUGCUUUGGAUGAGUACAUUGAGGAGCUUCUUGAUAUGUAGUGUGAUAAUGCAUGCGCCUAUCUUAUAUGCAGCUAGCCAAUGGACCUGUAGUUAUA